AAAUGAUCAAUGUGAAGUCGACGUCUGACAAGGAAACAAAAUUGAAAUUGAGAUUCAGCAUCAAGAGAAAACAUACGACGAGAAAAGUAAUUUUAUAAUUCAUUCUGCAGCUUGAAUGAUUAGACUAUUCGUUGAAUAAUAAAAACGAAAAUGAUAUACUCCUCAUUAGAGAUAAUUUGUUUUCAAGUACUUUCGAAAGUUAACAUCCUAAUCUCUGGCCCUAGUAUUCAGUAUUGAUUUGUCUGUUCAUUGGAAAAUAAACAUGGGUGUCAGAUUCCUACAAGUUUUGUUGUGUAUGAUGGUUAUUUGUGGUUUUAUUGAAGAAAGUUAUGGACUGAUGUGCCUAAGAUGUGAGUCCAAAACAGUGAACGGCACUUGUAAAAACAGUAGAAAAUUCCACAUAUCAUCGAAAAGACAUCAGUCGUGUUACGGAAGGAGGCCGAAAUGUUAUGCUAGAGCAACUGUGGACGAAAUGGGAAAUGCUCACUUCGAACGUGGUUGUACCUUGAAGAAUAUUUGCAAUGAAAACGUUGAUAUCAAGUACUGCUCAAUGUGUAACUCCAAAUUCUGCAAUUACCAAGCCAUGGUUCUUGACCAGCAAGUGAAAGAUUUUGCCAGGCAAGUCAGGAAUUCCAAACGCUUCCAUAAAACAUCCCAGAAGAAAACAAUUAAUGUAACCAAAGUAAUGAAUGUGAACCAGCCAGUAUCAAGCAAUAUAUCUGAGACAAAAAAAGACCCAAUAUCUGUAUAUCAGACACCCUCCAUGAGUGUUUUGAAUUCAGUACCAGCAAAUGUUCCUGAGAAAUUGAACGAAACUAGACCCAAACAUUUAACGGAAGAUAGCAUGACCUCAGUACCCACCAAUGUAUCCAAAACGAUGACCUUGACAGAGUCUGAAAAUCGAAGGCUUUCUGAAAAUGCUUCGGACUCAGUCCGUAAUGUUGCCUCUGAGACAGCUGACAAUAACCACCAGAUAGUAUCUAAGAUAGUGAUUGACUCAGUACCUGUGAAUGUAUCUGAAUAUUCGAAUCAUACCAUACCAAAAGCACCAUUCCAGACCAAGUCUGAUGAUAUAUCAGAAUAUGUGGACACUUCCAAAUCUACAUCUGAAUGACUCAAAUAAAAAUAUGGGAAAUCGAUUGUUGGAAAUGAAAUAUUUUAUAGCCUAUUUUAUCAAUAAUUAUUCGAUUACGGAAAAAACUCUAAUACAUAUACUGUAAUAUAACAUUUCACUUCGUUUGUAAAAUAUU